AAUCAGAGUGCGUGCGUGGCCGGAGUGUGUGCUCAUCGUCGUCUAGAUCUUUCCUUCACUUCUCAGCGGGCAGUCCACACCGACUCACAUCCAAUACUCGAUCCGAGACGCUCUCGCUUCUCGACCGGCAAUAAUUUUUUUCUCCCUCGACUCUUUUCUCCGUCCAAACACAAGCGACUGCCCUGCGUCAUCCGUCAUGUCCGAUUUCGCUCUACACGCCAUUCAGAGCUCGCAGGCGCCACGAGACGUCGAACUGCAAGCGAGUCUCGACACGCGAGGAUUCGACACCGCCGCUCUGGCUCGACGUCAAGGUGAGCAUCUCGUGACUCAUUCGGUCGUCCCACGUGUUGGUCCUCACGAAAAUUGGGCGGGCGCCGCUGCUACUGCAGAAGCCAUACCGGCAACUCGCUUGGUCAGCCAUUAUCCUCCUGCUAUAUUGCAGAAAAUGACGCUUUCGCCCUAUGUUGGUUUCAGAGCUGUGGUUCCUGGUGUCCCGGAUGUUUCUGGUAUUCCUGGAAUGGGGACAGUACAGUUUCCUGGAAUGGCUGCUCCUAAACCUGAUGCGUCUGAGCAAUCAGCGAGUGGUAGUAACACGAAGGAGAAGGAAGCCAAUGAUCCAUCGGUUAAUAUUCAGACCGUUCGUACACAGACGUUGGCAGCUCACAACCUGAAUAGCAAGGAACCAACUGAGAAGGACAGAAUACGAAAGAUCGAAGAAUGGAGAAAUGAUGUUGCUAAAGCUAUAUUGACUCCUCAAUUAGGAGAGGAGAUUUCUAAGUCUUCCCAGGUAAAACAGCGUCGGAGGUCAUCGAGGGAUAGAGAGUAUAGUAGUGAUCAGAAAGAGAGUGUGGAUGUGUCUUCUGGUGCCAAAGGCAGUUUGAGUCAAUCGAAUGUUAAAGAUGGAAAGAAGGAGGGUAAGUCGUCUGCGCUUGGAAAAAAAGGAAAAGGGAAGGGAAAGGCAGGCAUUGAUAAAGAAGAUUUGGUGGAUAAUGUAGCAGAGGUUGUUAAGCCUGAGGUGAAAUCGGAUGAUAAACAAAUGGAAAUGAAGAGAGAGAUGGAACGUCCAUACUAUCGAUAUGAUUGGCAGUUGCCUCAAUCCCACUGUAAUCCAUCAUUGUUCAGUAACUUGUAUCCUAUGCCAUUUAAUCCGACUGUUCUUCAGCGUGUGCCAUUUGGUCUUAGUCCAGGCAGGAUCCCAUCACAACCCGACCUUCCUGUUCACUUUCCUCAGCCUGUGACUUCAGUCACACCUGCGUUUCCCCAUUUUGCUCUGAGUCAGUAUCAGCCACCUCUGCUUCAUAAGGUGGAGCAGAUUCCAGUUGGCAUGAAAACUGUCGGUUCAGUGACCAAGGAUGGGGCCACAGUCUCUGUAUCAGAUGGAGUGCAUCGUGAACUUCCAGUUACAACAGAAAGUUCUAAGAAACAGCAGACCAGCACAGUGUCUGGAGUUCAUGGGAUAUCUGAAUUGACUGAGGCUUCGUCUCGAUCUACAUUAGUUCCUGGCCAGCGCCAUUACAAGCUUGUCAAAGGUACUGCUCCCUCUAGUUCGUCUGGUGGAAAGGUUAAAGGAGGAGAUAACAAGCAGAAAGUUGGGAAAGGACGCAAGUCUAAAGUAAAAGAACAGAAGUCAACAGUCAGCGACAAUUUGCUUGCCAAUGCUCGACCUAGUAGCCCUGUGUCAAGUAUGGUAACUGCACCUGUUGCCCAGGCGACAUCUGUCGUUGCAGGAAGUAUAAUCAAUGUAGAGCAUGGACACAAUCAGUUAACCCAGCAAGGGUUAGCUCGAGGACGAAAAACCAAGUCUAGUCCUAAAGCUGAAAAAUCAGCAGAAAAACGAAUGAAAACAGAUGAGGUUAGUGAACAGGAAGAUGGAGACAAAGAUGAAUGUGUUAUGGAGAGACCACCACCAGUCACGUUUCCCUUGUCGCUUAGAGAUCCAUCUUACAUGUAUGGAUUUGCUGGACCACUACGCCCAUUGCCAGAUGAGAGGUUGAUGGCUCAGAUGCCAUUUGCACAAUUAGCAUCUGCACAAGCAGCCAUGUAUGGUCAGAUGACGGUAAAACAAGAGAGUUCUCUGGUUCCACCGUUUUCACAAAUAGAUCGUUUGCGCUACCAUCCUGGAAUGUUUAAGCAUCCUGAAGUAUCUUCGAUUCCGCCAUUGACUGUUUCAGCCAAAGUAAAGGAUGAAACAGUCACUACCGAUGUGCAGAGUAAUGAAACUGAUUGUAGAAGUCACUCUGUAGCGAAACAACUAAGCACUCCUAAACGACCAAAUACUCUUUCAUUUGUCAGUGAAGAAAUCAGGAACCUACCUGGUGGAAAACUUCUUGAGACACAAACACCUGAAGAAAUUGAGGCUCGUGCAAGAGAGUUUGAUCGACACGAAGCUCUUCGUAACCUUGCUAGUCCUGUUAAACCACGUCUUCCUCCAGGUUUAGUUUCGACUGAAAUUUCAAGUCCACGUGUCUCCAGCUUGGUUCCAUCAGAGGUCAUUAGUCCUUUACGAAAUUCAGAGGUUGCUACUGAUGGGAAAAAGGCUGACAUCACGUUGCUGCAGAGUGAGCAUAGUGCUUUCAGUGCAAAGAGCGUGAAGAAACGAGGUCCCACGACAAGAAAUGACAACCAGACAGGAAACGUUCAUGUUAAGGUUGAAAUUGUUAGUCGGGCUGGUGAAAGUGGGCAUGUUAUGCCUGGGAAAGCAAGUAUUUCUGAUCAUCAGCAAGACAAAGAUAUCGACAAGGACAGAUGUCAUGGCGGUGAUGAUAUGAAAGUGCACAGAUUUCAUCAGUUUCAUGCUUCCAGCUCUGGAAGUUUGUCAGCGUCAACAGCAUCUACAGCUGUCUCUUCACCUACAAAAUUACGGAAGAAAAGCAAGCAGCAAAGUGAGACAAGGGCAGUAACAAAGCAAUCCAGUGCAGAGAGUACGUUGUCACCGGUGAAGGGCAAGAAGUUGACUAUAGAUGUAAAUACGUCAGAUUUAAUGCAACAAUUUGAAAAGCUUGGUGUUGGUCAGAUUAGGACUACUGGCAGUUUUAUGGCAACACAGACUGUGUCUACAGCUGGUAUGGAUGUGCACCCUGGUAUGAUAACUAGUAGCAAGGAUAUGAGACAAAUGCCAUCGGCUGUGAUAAAGCCUGUGUCACAUGUCAGUCCAAAUCUCGUCGUAACAGCUGCUCAAUCCAUGUUGCAAUAUGUUGCACAAAACUCUGGCAUGCUACCACAAGGAGGAUCAUGGCCAUUGAUGCAGUCCCCGUAUUGUGUUCAUCAUCGCUCAUUGUCUCAGUACCAGGAAUUGCUCAAGCAACAGCAUCAUCCUUACUUUCAACAGCAGCGGUGGCAGCAACAUUCGGAGUUGGAACGAAAGCAGAGUGAUAGAAAAGCUCAACCCAGAAAAGAGGAAGUCAAACAAUCACACGAAAAGAAAACCUUGCAGCAGAGACAUCCUACGAGUGACUUGGCAAUUAUGAGUGGGCAUGCUGGGACUUCCGAGGUAUCUGUUAGAGGUACUGAUGCAGUAGUCACAUCGUCGUCAUCUUCGGCAUUACGUAUCAUCACAGACAAAGAACGAGUCUUGGGCAAGUUAGAAAUUUCAAUUUUGGAUCGUCAAUCAGCUCGUUCCGUAGGUCAGCAACAGGCUUUACACCAAGAUCUGCAAGCGACUCAUUUAGAACAGUCACCUGUUGUAAGGUCUGCCAGGCCUGGAAGCCCACUAAACAAGCGUGAUGCUCAGUCUAUAGAGCAGAAAUAUUCAUCAUCAAAGUCUGAGAAACUUGAGAAGACAAUAGCUGGUCAGAAAAUGCAAGGCAGUGAAGAAGCACACAAGUUGAAGACUAUGGAGUCGACUCGUGUGCACGUUUCUACAGAAGUCAUGAAUGUUGGUCAGUCUGGUGGUCAGUCUGGUGAAGGCUUGCUAAAGGCUUCCCCUCAAGAAAAACAUGACUUGGAGAAACAACUACUUCGUGAGCAUGUUCUGGAAAUGUCUAGAUGGCAACAAUCUAAUGGACAGAGCACAAACGAUAGCAACUCUGAGGCACUGAUGUCAUUGCCAUCUCUUAUUCCCAAAUCUGAAUUGUACGGCAGUUGUCAUCUUAUGCAAUCCAAUGAAAAGAAAUUGAAGUCAGAAGCGUUAUCUAAUGAAAAUUCUAAUUUCUUGGAUGAGAAGAGUACACAUGCUUCGAUCUUGUUGAGCAAAUUGAAACGAGAAGCUACUUGCCAUGGCAGUGCUCUUGUUGGCAAAUUGCUUCCCAGUAGUUUGCCUACACUACCAGUAGCAAAUAUGCAUAAUCAGAAGCAAUGUGAUGGUCACAAUUGGAUUGAAAAGAGGAAGCUCGAGAGAUCAGAUGCCGAAAGCAGUGGAGAUGAUAUGGAAGACUCUUUACAUUUGGCUGAACUUCGUGCAUGUAGUGUCCUUCCGUGUUCUCGUGCUGAUCCAACUGAGGAUGACAACAAGGAAAAGGCAGUGAACAACGGAGUAAUGGAGUACGAGCUUUAUGAAUUAGAAGAUCUUGGCCAUCCAGUUAGUGGCCGUUGUGUUCAAUCAAUGUUAACUGGUUUCAAUUACUACUCGCUAAUGCAACCGUUUUUGACAAGCGAUACCAGUGCCAUCGACAGGGCAAUAUCAUGUGGAUUGUAUCGACAGUACAAGACAGAGGAAAGUCGAAGGAUUUUUGGUAAUGGGAAAUCAGGUGAUUUGAGUAUGGAAGGGACAAGUAUGAGUAAGCAGGAAGUGAAGGUUCGAGUGUCGCUGGCAGAACUGCAGCAGCAGUAUAAAGGACAUCUAAAUGUAAUGGCAAAACUUCAAAAAAAGGCUCGGAGGCAUGCUCGCAGAAUGAAACUAGCUCUACCAAAAGAUGAAGAACAGAAAAUAGUCACUCCAAGAAAGAGAGGACGACCAAGAAAACAAAAACUUGUACCAGUAAAAGCUCACAGUGGCUUUAGUGACAGCCAAAGUGAAGGUGAAUGCCCAACAAUUGUCUUUCCUGUUGAAGCUGUUCAGGAUGUGCCAGUAGUUAAGAAACGAGGAAGAGGCAGACCUCCAAAGGACCCCAAUGCGGUUCGAAAGCCACUGGGAAAGAAGAAAAACAGUAUAGUAGUGGAGAAAACAUAUAAUAUUUCUUGUAUACAGAAGCCAUCAAGUCUCACAUCAGAUGAAGAAACCUGUGAACAGUUUGCGAGUGUGGAGCAGACUAUUGACGUGAAACGACGCCAGGGUACUAGGUGUGGAGCGGCAAGUGUGAAUAGUAUAGUGAAGAAGCAAGAAGACUCUGAUGCAGAUUUUAGUGCAUCGAUUCAUAGUGACUCUACAUAUGAUGCAGAAGAGGACAAAGUUGCUGUGAAAUCUGCAAAAGCUGGCUGGCAACGGAGAAGACAGCGUGCAAAGAAGACGGAUGUUGCAACUGAUCUUGAAGCUUCAGUGAGAAUAUCUUUUCAAGCAAAAGGACAGACAUUAGAAGACAGCACUGUAAAGGAACUUGCAAGUGGGAAUAAGGAACAUCGUGAUUUCUUGAAUGAGAUGUCAGCUGUGGAGCUAUCAGUCAAUAUGGCUGCUACGUCAGGACUUGAUGCAUUGUCUCGUUGUGCCUCAAUGGCAUUGGCAGUAAGUUGUCAAGACUCUAUCUUUAGUAGGUGUGAAACUGUAAUGGAUCCUGCUACACAACCAAAGAAGCGAGGACGGAAGAGCAAGGCAGUGUUACAAGAUGCAAAUGGUGGUGAUGGUGGAACUGUCGUACCUGUUAGUGAGAAUCAAACUCGUAGCAGUUUUGCAAGACAGAGUGAACUGCCUACUGUUGCACCUGAUACCUUGACAUCUAUUGAAGUUUCUGCUUGUGACUCACUUCCUAAUGAUUUGAAUAGAAAGAAACUGGAGACGAAUAACAGCAAGCAUGAAAUGCCUACAGUACAUUCAAAGAUGUAUACUAAAGAUACGUCUUCAGAUAAACCUCGUUUUCGAAAAUUUGCUGGGAAAAGAUGUGGGGGGGAAGUAGCAAUGUCUGGUUCAUCAAGGAAAGGUGGUAAAGUUGCACAAAAAGAUUCAUAUGAUUUUGCUGUUGGUGAAACUGAUCAGACAAGAAAACCACCAGCAAAGCGAGCUUGCUUAGUGUCUCAAGAAAAGAAUGAAGUGGAAUCGUCGCUAGUGGAGUUGAAAACUUCAGUCAGCAUGGAUUGCCAUUUCAAUACCAGCAUGACAGAGACAAAAACUUCAGUAGCUCCAUUUCAUGCUAACUCAGACAAGCAGAAUGUGAAUAGUCAUUUUCAUUUGUCUCCUGCUGUCUUGACUAUGGACCAGCGGGUGCUUGUUCGAGACCUGGAGGAGCCAAAAGUUUAUUCCUUUGCAACAAUUGUGAAUCCUAAGCCUCCUGAUCUUUAUGGAGUGAUUGUGGAUGGUGAUCGACGGCGGAAAGUCCAUUGGUUGCCUCAAGAGGAGAUCAUGGAGAAAGGAGUGCUGAAUGUGAAACCAACUCAGGAGUGUGGUUUGCCAAGAGGAUGUCGUGUGUGUGCUCGCUGGAGUGUUCAUCAGAAAUGUUACUAUCCUGGUCGAGUACUAGAUGAUGUUGAUUGGACAACUGGUCAGUGCUUUGUGGAGUUUGAUGAUGGGGAUCAAGCAUGGAAACCUCUUGAAAUGGUUCGUCGAAUAAUGGACAGUGAUAACGAGAAUGCAUCAGAUCGAUCAGCAUCUCCUACAGAAGAUGUGAAAGGUAAUAAGGAUAAUAUCGUCAAUGUUCAACCUUCAGAGUGUUGCGAGAACAGUGACCCCUCAAGACCGUCGGCAGACAGCCAGACAAAAGACCAUAAAGAUGAUCCUAGUACUUUGACUACUCAAAACAAUAUUUGGCAUGGUCAUCUGACAUGGCAGUCUGCAGCUAGUAGAGACUCACGUAUGGCUCACUACUCUCCCAUCUCAGAGAACUGUGAAUCUAAAGGAUUUGAACACCCUGUAGUAAAUUCAAAGGAAAACCAUGAAAAGAAUGGGAAGAACUCUGUUGGUGACUCACCAACUUCGAGCUCAUUGCAGGCGAGUUCAUUUGCCGGAUUUGACGUUACAUACAGUGAUAUUAGCAGUGUAGGCUCAAAUAGCAUGGACAUUGAAAGCGAACUUAUCAAUGGUAAUAAUUUGGACAGUAGUAGUCAUAUCUCAGACAGUCGUCAAGUUGAUGUAGUAUUACGGACUCCACCACUGAGUGGAGAUCUACCCAGUCGAUGUGGUGAACUUGAAGGAAGUGAUGGUGUUCGUGGUGACAAAUGGGAAUGGUGUGGCAAAGGAAAAACGAACAACAAACGACGUCGUGGAAGAAAGACAUACUUCAAGUCUGUCAGCCAUGGAGACUGUAUUCUAAGUGAAGGAGAUAGUGCUAUAUUUAAGUCGCGUAGUAGGCGCGGUGAUCCGUACAUUGGACUGAUUGAGAAGUUGUACGAGGCAUGUGGCGGAUCAAAAAUGGCAAGAGUCAAGUGGUUCUACCGAGGGACCGACAUAAAACUACAGAAGCCUGUUCCACAGGAUAAGGCUGGUGUCUAUUUGUCAUUGAGUCAUGUCGACAACAUCCCUGUUCAUGCUGUUGUGAAGAAAUGUCAGGUUCUAAGUCAGGCUGAGUUCAGUAAGUUGAAGCCUCAGCCCAAUCCGCAGAAAGACUGCAUAUAUUAUAAGAAAGGAGUUUAUGAUCAAACGACUGGUUGUGUUGAUUCAGCCUACGCGUAACGCAGUUGUUGCAUUGUUUGAUGUUCUGUUGAUAUGCUGUUUAUGUAAAGUUGAUGUGACUGUUCAUAAUUUCAAGACUUGUUCUGGGUUGUGAUAUUUACCCAGGUAGUGUUAACGAUUUCUUCAUAUUGAAGAGUAGUGUAAAUAAACACGCACUGGAUGUAGUGAUCUCUGAA